AAAUAUUUACUAUUAAAACUCGUAGUUAGUGGACUGCAGCAAACAUCAAUAAAAGAAUUAAAGGCUGCCGUAGCUGACGAAACAGUGCCAUGGCUGCCACUAAAACAUUCUCUUGCUCGCUGUACUCCAUACAUGAUACUAAUAUUAAAGAAAAAAAAAAGUAGUCUAGUACUAUUUUACUAUGUUAAUACAACUCAUAUAUAAAACUAGAGUGGCUCCAAGUUCUUGAUUCGCGCUUUUCCCGAUAGAGCGAUAGACUUGAACCUUUUCCUUUUGGAUUCUAAAAUUGAUCGGGUUCAAGUUCCAGACAGCAAUGUCAUCCUCUGUGAUUGUCUUCUUGGUCCUAUCGAUGCUACUAAGCACAGGUGCCUGUGUCAACUUCACCGAUGUUUUCAAGUCCAGUUGGGCACCUGACCAUAUUGCUGUUGUAGGAGACCAAGUUACUCUCACCCUUGACAAUACUUCUGGCUGCGGAUUUGAGUCGAAGAUCAAGUACUUAUUUGGGAAAGCCAGUGCACAGAUCAAACUAGUUGAGGGAGAUUCAGCUGGAACAGUCAUUGCUUUUUAUAUGUCAUCAGAGGGUGCUAAUCACGACGAACUGGACUUUGAAUUUCUUGGAAAUGUUUCGGGAGAACCAUACCUAGUACAUACAAAUGUGUACGUGAAUGGCACUGGAGAUCGAGAGCAGAGGCACAGUCUGUGGUUCGAUCCAACAGCAGACUUCCACACUUACUCUUUCUUCUGGAAUCAUCGAACUAUCAUUUUUCGCAGCUUUUCAGUUGAUGAGAUUCCGAUUAGAGUGUUCACAAACAAGGAGGAAAAAGGCGUUCCAUACCCGAAAAAUCAAGGCAUGGGAAUCUAUGGAUCGUUGUGGAAUGCAGAUGACUGGGCUACACAAGGAGGGAGAGUGAAGACAAAUUGGAGCCACUCUCCAUUUGUUACAACAUUUCGAUCGUUCGAGAUUGAUGCUUGUGAUUUGUCUGGAGAGGACAUAGCUGCUGCAGGUGCAAAAUGUGGUAAGAUGGCACAAUUUUUAUGGGAUAAACCAGCCAUGAAGGGUGUAGAAAAGAGCAAAAAACAUCAAUUCAAAAUGGUUCAAUCUAAGUAUUUGGUUUAUGAUUAUUGUAAGGAUACUGCAAGAUUCACUCAAAUGCCUAAAGAAUGUUUGUACUAAGAGGCCAACACCAUUCUAGCAAUGUCAAUGUAUCAAUAUGUUUUUGUCUGGAUAUAUUAUGGUUUUUGAAGUUGUUGGUCCAA